AUGCUUCGCUGGACGUCGCGCUACUUGUGUGCCUCUGCCGCGGCGGCUGCGGGGUCUGAGGUGCACCGCGACGUCGAGGAGUUCGCCGUUGUCAUUGUGGGCGGUGGUCCUUCGGGGCUCUCGGCUGCCAUUCGGCUGAAGCAGCUCGCCGGGGACCAGAGGGACUCUUUCCGCGUCGGCCUCGUCGAAAAGGGCAGCGAGAUUGGCGCCCACACGCUCUCCGGCGCCUGUGUGGAGCCUCACGGGCUGGAUGAGUUGCUGCCCGGGUGGCGUGAGCAGGAGGGAUCCCUUCUUGCCAGCAUGACACCCGUCACGUCCGACGCCUUUCAUGUGCUGAUAGGACCGUCACGAAGCGUGAAGGUGCCGUGGCUGCCCUCGACGCUGCACAAUCGCGGCAACUACAUCACGUCUCUCGGCGGCAUGUGCAAGUGGCUUGGCGAGCAGGCCGAGGCGCUCGGGGUGGAGAUCUACCCCGGCUUUGCGGCGGCGGACGUCGUCGUUGACGAGGCGACCGGGGCCGUGACGGGGGUGCAGCUGAAUGACAGGGGUGUCGACAAGAACGGACGGAAGACGGCGCACUACGAGCCCGGGAUGAUCUUCCGCGCAAAGCAGACCAUCUUCGCCGAGGGCUGCCGCGGAUCCUGCACGAAGCAGUUGGAGAAGCGUUUUGGGCUGCGCACCGCCGACAACCCGCAGACGUUCGGACUCGGCAUCAAGGAGGUGUGGGAGGUGCCGAAGGAGCGGCACCACCCAGGCACCGUCAUGCACACGGUGGGGUGGCCGACGACAGACAAGGGGCACGACAACACCUACGGCGGCUCCUUCCUCUACCACUACGGUGACGGCCUCAUUUCGUGCGGUUACGUGGUCGGCCUCGACUACUCGAACCCGUACUGCCGGCCGUACAUGGAGAUGCAGAAGUGGAAGACGCAUGACCUCAUUCGAGGGCAGCUAGAGGGCGGCCGACCGAUCCUGUACGGUGCGCGCACGUUGGUCGAGGGCGGCUUCAGCGCGUUGCCGAGGCUGCACUUCCCCGGCGGCGUGCUGGUGGGGGACUGCGCUGGUUUUUUGAACCUUCCAAAGAUCAAGGGCACGCACACAGCCAUGAAGUCUGGCAUGCUGGCUGCCGAGGCCGUCUACGAGGACGCCUUCAAGGGCGGCAAGGAGGAGGGGGCCAGCGGCGUGGAAUGCAAGAGCUACGACGACUACUUCCGUAGCAGCUGGCUGUACAACGAGCUCUACACGGUGCGCAACGUGCGGCAGAGCUUCCACAAGAGCUUCAAGUGGGGGAUGCUCUACACCGGCAUUACCUCACUCCUGCUGCACGGCCGCGAACCGUGGACGCUGAAGCACACCACACCAGACAACUUGUCGUUGAAACCGGCGAAAGAAUGCGUGGAGAUUGAGUACCCGAAGCCGGACGACACGCUCACCUUCGACCUGCUUACCAACCACAGCCGUAGCGGGACGGCCCACAGUGCUGACCAGCCGUGCCAUCUGCGCCUGAAGGACUCCAAGGUUGCCGAGGAGGUGAACCUAAAGACGUAUGCAGGGCCGGAGGCGCGCUUCUGCCCAGCUGGUGUGUACGAGUUCGUCAGCGACAAGUUGGUGAUCAACGCACAGAACUGCCUCCACUGCAAGGCGUGCGACAUCAAGGAUCCGACGCAGAACAUCAACUGGACGGUGCCCGAGGGCGGCGGUGGCCCCAACUACCAGGGCCAGAUGUAA